AUGAUCAACAGCGUUUUUAACGGCCGAGAUAUCCUCUCGGCGACGACGGUGGUCGUAUCCAGCGCGAUGAUAUCGAGGGUGGGAGGACGCACUCCUGAUGGAGCCACCGUGGUCGAUGAGGCAGGAUGUACGCUGUUGCCUGGAUUCAUUGACUCCCAUAUCCGCGCUGGAAUUCCGCAACUAGGGCUCGCUCUUGGUUUUGGCGUGAUGACAGAGUUAGAGAUGAUGGGGUUUUGGACAACCGAGCAGCGGAGUGUGGUCUCGGAACGGGACGACCUUGCUGAUCUGCGGGCCGCCAACCACGGUUUGACCACCACCCACCAGAUGAGCCUCUCAACCAUUUAA